CGUAAAACUACAGAUCCCAGUAGACAUGCGCAGAAAGUCCCUUUUAGAGCCUUUUAAAUUUACGGGCAAAAUGGCUGCACAGGUCGAGUUGCUGCGCGUCAAAGUAGAGGAGAAGAGCAGGGAGAGCUUUGACAAAGCUAUCAAAGACAAGAAAAAGAAGAAAAAGCGGGAAUGUUCGCCGUCCGACGACAAGCGAGAGAGGUCGGAGAAGGAAGUGAAGAAAAUGAAGCUCCAUCACCAUCAACACAACCUCCAACAUGCCCAACAACGCGUACAUCCACCGCACCAACAGCAGAACAGUCAAGCGCGCAACUUAAUCGGCAAAGAGCAAGCACCUGUGCAACAUCGCCUUAACCACGAUCCCCCCCAUCACGGCGCCAAGAAGGAAUUGCCCCCCGGCUGGGCUCCGCGGAAAGUGACGCCAGCGGCGCACGUCCCGCAGAAGACAUCGGUGGCCGCGGUCCUGCCGCCUUCCCCGCUGUUCACUUUCACGCCGCUCAAAGUAGCGAAGGCCAAGGACCCCAACAACAAACCUAAACGCGUCGAUAAGGACGCGAAACUCAAGCCCAAGAAGGAAAACGCCGAGGCGAACGUGAAAGUGGGGGAAUGCAAGAAGAAAGAACUCCAUAGUGAAAAUGGAAAAAGUCAGACGUUGGAGGAAUACCUCCUUAAGAAAAAGAAGAAGAAGAAGCGUAACCGUGAAGACGAGCGUGGCAAGAAGUUACGAAUGCACAGUAAAGAGGUCCAGACGGUGUGUUUUGGACUUUCAGGCGAUCCUCCAACUUCUGAAGACCCUGUGGGGGUUAAGUACCUCAAAGAGGAAAAGCCAUGUCACCCUGGCUUAGGUGAGUACCACACUCCCAAAGGUGUCAAGAAGCCCUUCCUCACGCAUCACGACCACUUCAUCCGCAACUCGUGUCUUCAGACCAACUCCUGUUUUAGUAGACUCAUACAUGAGGAGAAACAGCCCAACGGAGGGGCUUUGGUACUGCACGCUUACGUCGAUGAACUGUCUACACUGGAUCCUGGGGACACUGAAAGGUUUGCUCAGGAGUUUCUGGAUCUCGCUUUUGCUGAAAACCCUAAAGGAGCAGCUCGGUAUGCUCUCGCUGUGGUGCACGGAGCAGCUGCCUACCUGCCUGAUUUCUUGGAAUACUUCGCAUUCAAUUUUCCCAACACGCCGGUGAAAAUGGAGAUCCUUGGCAAGAAGGACAUCGAGACCACCACUAUCGCUAACUUCCACUCCCAGGUGAGCCGGACAUACUGCUCUGGCACAUUCAGAGCGGGUCCCAUGAGGCAGAUCAGUCUGGUCGGUGCAGUAGACGAGGAGGUGGGCGAUUAUUUCCCAGAGUUCUUGGACAUGCUCGAGGAGUCUCCAUUUCUAAAGAUGACUUUGCCAUGGGGAACUCUAUCCAGUCUAAAGCUUGACUGCAGGUCCCAGAGUGAUGAUGGUCCCAUAAUGUGGGUGAGACCUGGAGAACAAAUGGUUCCUACGGCUGACAUGCCCAAAUCUCCAUUCAAAAGGCGAAGAUCUAUGAAUGAGAUCAAGAACUUGCAUUACUUGCCGAGAGCCAACGAACCACGUGAGGUUCUGUUCGAGGAUCGGACGAGAGCCCAUGCGGAUCACGUUGGCCAGGGCUUCGACUGGCAGAGUACAGCAGCUGUGGGUGUCCUGAAAGCCGUGCAUUUUGGGGAAUGGAGUGACCAGCCACGAAUAACCAAAGAUGUGGUGUGUUUUCACGCUGAGGACUUUAAUGAUGUCGUUCAGAGGCUUCAGCUUGAUCUGUAUGAACCACCUGUGUCACAGUGUGUUCAGUGGGUGGACGAUGCCAAACUCAACCAGUUGCGACGGGAAGGUAUCCGCUACGCUCGCUUGCAGCUCUGCGACGACGACAUCUACUUCAUCCCCCGUAAUGUCAUACACCAGUUCAAAACGGUCUCGGCCGUGUGCAGCCUCGCGUGGCACAUUCGCCUAAAGCAGUACUACCCCGAGGAGGCGGAGUCUAAAAUGGAUAAGACCACUGACCUGUGCUCUACAUCCUGCCCCCCCCCAUCUGCCUCCCCCGUUCACCCUGAUGCCAAAGUCACUUCAUGUGCUCGGCUACAAACGGACUCUGCUCAAGGUGGGGUUGCCAAAAUGGACGAGCUGGUAUUCCAGCGGCCCACAACGCCGCCCAGAGAGUUGCAGCCUGCACCUCCGCAGUCUGCUAAAUCCGCCCACUCUCCCCGUUCGGGGGUCGGCGCCGGUCUCGUGGCCCGCCCUCUUUUCCCCCCAACACCAGAGCCAAUGCUUCCACGGGUUCUCGCCGAGCCUGCUCCCGAUUCCUCACUCAACAUCAGCAACACCCAGUGCCGGUCCACAGAUUUCCCUAAUUGACUUCCCAAUCGUUUCUUGCGAUGAGAGGCGGGAAUUUCUUUCGCCUCAUGGACUUGACUGACAUUCCACAGUGUAAAAACUGAUUAUUUCGUCUUUGCCUAAAGUGAUGAAGACUGUAUAUUUUUCUUUUUUAGAUUUUGGUGAAGAGAUGCGAGUCCUUUUUAGGUUUUUCUCAGCCAAAGUAUUUAAUUUGAGAUAUAUUUUUGCUGAUAACUCAGUAUUGUUUUAUAUUUGUUUAUAUAUAAUAUAAGUGAGAGGAAUUAUCUCUCCAGAGACUUUUCAUGUCGUUUCCUGGGCUGUCAUGUGUAUCACGUUGAUCUUCUAAUUGGUUUUUACAAAAAAAGUGCCUGUCACGAGUGGAGAACAGCAAUCUUGUUUUAAAGAAAUAAAUAGUCUUAUUUUUCCCGCGGCUUACUCUCACUAUGAAGUAUUUAAGCGAGAGCGUAGAUAUAAUUUACAAGCAGAGAGAUUUGCUUUUUACUUGCCAUCCUCUGGGUUUUAUUAUUCCGCUACGCGUGAAGGAACCACGUCAUUAUUUUGAAUAAUUAAUACAUAGAGGCGAUUAUUCAUGAGAAACCUGUGCAUUCGAUUACCUCACAUGAAUGCAGGAUUUAGGAUUUGGCCUCUACAGGUGGGUUUUUCAUUUCAUUUUGUUUGUUUUAAUUAUUUAUUUUUGUUCAGAAUAGUCAUGACGUGUCUUUUAAUAUCAUUGUCUUUCAUUCAUUCAUCAUGCUUUCUGUGUGUUUUAUUUUAUUUAAACGCCAUUGUACUCUUUCAGAUUUGUUCUCCUGUUUUUAUUUCGGAAAAGCCAGACAUAUGUCAUUUAAAUAUGGGUAUGUAGUCACGUUAUCAGAACAUGGAUUGUAAACGUAAAACCAAACCUGCGCUCAGGGGCAAUAUAGUGAUGCCUUUUCAUUCGAUGAAGUUUUGUUUACUGCUUUAUUGUGAGUUGACACAUGAAUUUGUUCAUUGUUAUAUCUAGCUGUUGAACCUUUGCAAAGCUCAACAAUAACUCUUACCUGUGCAUUGCUCUGAGUUUUAUAACAUGCCCUUAAUUUAUAACUUAUUUUGAUUUUACAUGUGAUCUUUUUAGAAAACAGAUAUUUUAAACUAUACUUUAUGGGUUACACUUAAGUUUUUGUCUUUUUUCGUUUGUCCUUGUCAUGUCACUUUUUUUUAAUCCCAAACGAUUAAGCCUUUUGCUUUGGCCAAUUGCUUUUUUUUUUUUUUUUGAAAAAUAGUACAAAUAUGACCUCAAUAUACAUCAACAAGGUAUGAAUAAAUGUUGUCUUUAAUCAUUUUUAUCCGCGUACACGAAAGCUGUUUUUCUCCAUGAAAAGCAUUUGAUAUUCUUUAUAACAGAAGAAAUAUGUGCUUUUGCAUAAGAAUUGUUUCUUAUGUAUUUGACAGGCAUUCUAGGGUGACUAUGCUAUCCAAAUUAAGGCUAAAAUACAGUACAAGACAGUACAGAUUUUGCCCAGAUUUUCAGUCUGGACUUGUUGCAGAAAGUCUGUGCCUGUCUGCAGAUUUGAUCAGUUAGUGUGUUUCUAUCUGAAACUUUCCAAAAUUCUUCAAGUUUAUGAUGUCUAAUAUAAAAAAUAUCUGAACAGAUAUUUAAGUCUUGUAGUGUAUUCCAGCCAUUAGUCUUGGAAGAGUGCAAUUUAGGUUCACCUUCAAGUGUAGUUUUGUGUCCAUGAUUUUGUUGCACAUGUUUAUGUGGUUGUAACAUUUUUUCUAUAAUGGAAUGAAGUCUUAAGCAAGCAUUUAUUGUUCUGAGGGUUUGUUCUGCUUCCGGCGCCAAGUGAUGCUAGUGAAUGAUCUGAAUGUAUUUUCUCACCAGCAAACUAUGAGGAUUAUGGUUUGAGCAAAAUGAAAUCAAAUGCAUCCAGUGUAAAUUAGUGCCUUUAAAGUCUGGAAUUGUCUACUGUUAUAGUAACUGAUGCUAUACCAGUUUUGAAAAGCAGUAAUCGUGAUGGUAUAAGUCUGGCAAUAAGUAAAGAUUGGGUAUUAAUUGGUGUCUCUUAAAAAAAAAUUAAACCCAGUUGAGUGUUACAAAUUCGAUGAUUCAAGAAGGUCACGGUUUAUUGGCCACAGAAGAUAAGUACGUAUGAGGAAAAAUGGCACCAAAUUCCCUUAAGAGAUUUAGCAAUUGUGCAAUAUACAUUUUUUGAAUUUAUAUUAUAAUUAUAAAAGGAUCAAAACUAGUCUUGGUUGCAUUUACAAAUAGCAGUUUAUCUUCACAAUCAAUGACUGAACUUAGAUAGCCAAACCAAAUUGAUUUUGACUAUGUAAAUGUCAUAUACAUCCAUAUAACUGAAAGCUACAUGUUUAUGUUCCCUGCUCAGUCAUACAUUAGCUAUGCUUUCAUAGCUUUCAAGGGGAUUCAUGAUAUAGUAACAUGAUGAUGUUCUUCUCAAUUUUGGCAGCAAGUAUCUUUUUGUGUUGAUCAGGUUUUUAAUUGUUAUUUGUAAUAUAGGAAAAAUCCACUUAGGGAUCGAGGCAUGCUCUGUGUGAGUUUGAUUCACCAUUUGCUCUGUUUGAUAUUUGUACUCAAGUUUAUAAUUUCAUUGAUUUUUAAGGACAAAUUGAUGGUCAAUUAUGAUAGUGAGAGUAAUGUUUUGUAAAAGCUAAGUUACAUUUAAUAGAACUGUCAUGUGGAUCUUUUCGAUCGUGUAUAAAUGCAAUGGAAUGCAUAGACCUUCUCUGUAUUUUUUUAAAUAAACAAUUUUAUGAGUCUACCCAGGUGAAGCCAUUCUUAAAGGGACUUUGAAAAUAUGGGAAUGAGAACGUCAUAAACACUGUCACAGACCAUAAACUUGACUAAAAAGUUAACUUUUUAUCAAUAACAACAGUUAGUUAUUAAGGCCAACAUUAUGUGACAUAAAACGGGCAGGUAACCUACUUCUGUAUUAUUUGUACAUGUUUAAUUUUUAAUACAGUUAUUGAGUUGCUACAGUACUAUUCAUGUAUACAUAUUUAAUAGAUAGAAAAACUGCAUGUGCAACACACAUUUACUAUAAUAAAAAGCAAAUAUUCCUGUAUAAUACCUUUACAAGAGGUCGUAAUGAUAAAGUCAUUUACAUAGGCACAGUGUUUGUAAAUGUCCACUUAUUUUAUGCUUUCAACUGUUGGGGUACUGUUCCUAAAUUUUCAGCUCUCCUUUUUCUGAGACUUAAAUAAAUCUUUUACAGGCAGCCAUGUUACUGAUAACUGUAAUGUGCUGUUACUUCAACUAGACCCAUGUUUCCGGCUUUUUCCGCGGCCCCUUCGGCUUUCCAAAACGCAAUCCAAAAG